UCACAGCUAGUAUCUUCACGUUGGUUUAGUAGCCUGGACUAUUUUUACAGUAAGGAAACAUUUGCGCUUUUAUUUGUGCCGUAUAUUUGCUUAUUUAAGGACCAUUGUUGGUAUUACGUCGGUCUGAGAGGGGAAGAACAAUCAUUAACUUGAUUUAUUAAAUUGAUCUAUCAGGGGGUCAGUGCUGAAAAUUGCUUAAAUCUGGAUUGUUGCAUUGCUGAUGAGAAAUACAUGUUUUAUGGAGAUGAGGACAACCCCGACAAGGCGCCAGCUAUGUGGUGUGGUGGAGUGCGCUGUGUCCGUAUGCGGUGCUUCACCAGAACGAUGACCAGAGCCUCUGAUCUCCAACACAUGGGAACUAGGAGACAUCCAAUCCUGCUCCGGAUAUUCCUGCUGGUCCUUCUUCUUCAUGUAGCCAGAGGAAAUACCUCUGCACAAACAUCUCAACCUCCACCCUUCUCACCCUCUCCUUCAUCAUUACCACCACCUGUUUUACUCUCUCCAUCCUCUGCCCUGCCUCCUUCGUACUCAACUCCACCAAGUGCACCGCUUAUAACACACACUAUACAGACUACAACCACAUCAGUGUCUAACACCCAAAAUACUGAAGCAUCAACCAUGUCACAUAGUAGCACAACAUCUACACCAGCUAUAGCCACAACACCUGCAGCUCCAUCAGCUAUAGCCACAACACCUGCAGCUCCAUCAGCUAUAGCCACAACACCUGCAGCUCCAUCCGCUAUAGCUACAACACCUGCAGCUCCAUCAGCUAUAGCCACAACACCUGCAGCUCCAUCAGCUAUAGCCACAACACCUGCAGCUCCAUCAGCCAUCCUGUCCACAGCCACAUUACCCACUACAGACAUUUCUUCAUCUAACACUCCAAACACGUCAACAGUCUCGGUGCCCAUGUCUAAUGCAUCCUCGACCCCACCCCCCACAUCCCUCACAACCCCUCACCCAUCACCACUGCACACUGCCUCAUCCAACAUGACUAAUGAACCAAUGACAUCCACCAUGCCAUCUCCAUCCACUAUUCUGCACUCGACUUCGCCCAUCAUAACGUCCACUACCAACAUGACCUCUGAAAAUGCCACAUCUCCAGGACACUCCACUCCUGUGCCAAUAACAGUCACCUCUAAUGCCACUACAGAGUCAGCAGAGGUGCAUUGUAACUUCUCACAGCUCUGUGCCAAUCAGUCUGUGUACUACUGGAUGGUCCUUGCGGUGGAUGUGAGUGGAGAUCUGAAGAAUGAAUCUGACAUCAGUGGCUGGUUCAGGGCUCUAUUUCCUUCUCUCGUGGAUUCCUGUGAGCCCUACAACCCUGAACAAGCAAAUGGCACAAAUUCGACUGACACACUGCAAACCACCUCUGUCAGUCCAAUAUAUCCCACCCCCUACAACAUGACAACAUGGUUAUACAACGUCACCACGACAACACUAUCCCAGAACAUCACCAACUUCACCACGACAACACUAUCCCAGAACUUCACCAACUUCAACAUGACAACCUUGACAACUAACAUGACAACUAUGCUUUACAAUAGUAUUAGUACUCCCUCACACAACCGUAGCAUGCCAACUCUUUCUCCCAGCUGGCCCCAUAGCACCACAAGUGAAGAGCAUAACGGUGGAAAUAUGACUGCUGCCAGCCUGUUUCAAGACAUUGAGGUGACGUGUGUCAAUAAAACAGGGAUCAGGAGGACUAACUGCACUGUGCUGCUGAAGACGAGGAAGCCAAUGUUUCCCUGUUGUUUCCAGCGAGCCCUGUGGCUGGGUCAGGAGAACAGCUCCAUACAAACCCAUAUAGUGGGAAAUCGAGUGGAGAGAGUGGGUAAGGGUCUGUGUGCAGGCCAAUUGCAUCCAAGUAAUGGUUUUGCAAAGUGCACCGGCUUCCUGAAUGGCACUCUCCCUCUUCCAAACACGUGUCACACUCCAGGGCCUGUCAAUAUCUCAUGUGGACAUGCAGGGACUGUUUACGUGCCUCUUGGGAAUCAAACCCAAAUGGACUGUGGUAUGCCCACUAAACCUCCCAUCGAUGUGGAGAUUGUCUGCAACACUGCUCCUCUAUUAUAA